AUGAGCUCCCCCGACCGUUCGCUCAAGAAGCAGCCACCCGACCCCAACCCCAACCCCAAUGACCCAGCUUGCCUACCUGACUACGAGACCGAGUUCCUCACAACAGAGGAGCUGCACCAGUUCGAAAAGGCCCUCAAUACCCCAGACGCCGAAUCGCUGGUUGCCCUUAAUGACUGGCGUCCCAUUCGCCAGCGCGUGCGAAGACCCUUUCGGCGACGCCAGAAGACUAGACCUCAGCGAACAACCGACGAAACGCGUGAGGGUGUCUUGUAUACUGUUUUGAAAUACCCAUUCCUUGUCAUCGUGUUUGGAUGGCUUUUUGUCCUCAGCUUGACUUAUGUCGUGACGCGGCUGUAUAUCCAUUUGUAUGAACACUUCGUUACGUGGACUGGGCGCCGUGAGAAGCUACGUCGAGCUCUGCAUGUCACCACCAAUUACGAAGAGUGGACCAAAGCGGCACGUUCGUUGGAUUAUCACCUGGGCAAUGAAAAAUGGAAGGAAAAAGACGAAUACGCCUAUUAUGACUACCCCACGGUGAGGAAUGUUGUCUCGCAACUGAGACAACUGAGAGAAAAAGCACAGGGUGAAGCAGAGUCGGCCGUCACGAAUGGCCCCUCUUCUAUCGAAGACCUUUGUGCACUUUUGGAGGCCUGCGUCAAAAACAAUUUUGUCGGUGUGGAGAACCCAAGGCUCUAUAGCGAAGCCUACUCGGGAACAAAACAUUUGGUGCAAGAAUACGUCGACGAAGUCCAUAAUUCAUUAGAAUUCGUCCUCAACACGAGACAACUGGCCAAGGAAGACAAGUACCGACAUUUCAGACAUCUCGAUACGAACUUUGGCCGGACUGCGCUUUGUCUGUCUGGUGGAGCGACUUUUGCAUACUAUCAUUUUGGCGUUGUGCGGGCUCUACUAGACAACGGAGUUCUCCCAGAGAUCAUCACCGGAACUUCUGGAGGCGCCUUGGUAGCAGGCUUGGUUGCAACACGAACCGACGAGGAAUUACGACAACUCCUUGUUCCGGCCCUGGCACACCGCAUUAGAGCAUGUCACGAGGAAUUUCCGGGCUGGGUGAAGCGCUGGUGGCGAACUGGCGCUCGCUUUGAUACCCUUGACUGGGCCCGUCAGUGCAGCUGGUUCACCAGGGGUUCGAUGACCUUUCGAGAAGCGUUUGAGCGUACCGGGCGAAUUCUCAAUGUAUCCUGCGUGCCUUCCGACCCCUAUUCACCCACCAUCCUGGCCAACUACCUGACAUCUCCAGACUGUGUAAUCUGGAGUGCCGUCAUAGCAUCUGCAGCAGUGCCGGGAAUUCUCAACCCAGUCGUUUUGAUGAAGAAAAACCGAGAUGGCACCAUAUCGCCGUACUCGUUUGGUCACAAGUGGAAGGACGGUAGCCUACGGACUGACAUCCCGAUCAAGGCGCUCAAUCUCCACUUCAACGUCAACUUCACUAUCGUCUCCCAGGUCAACCCGCACGUCAACCUCUUCUUCUUCAGCUCACGCGGUUCCGUCGGCCGCCCCGUCACGCAUCGUAAAGGCCGAGGCUGGCGAGGCGGGUUUCUGGGUUCCGCCGUCGAGCAAUACAUCAAACUAGACCUGAACAAAUGGCUCCGCGUCCUUCGACACCUCGAACUCCUACCGCGACCCUUGGGUCAAGACUGGAGCCAAAUCUGGCUCCAGCAUUUCAGCGGCACAAUCACCAUCUGGCCCAAAUCAGUCACGUCGGAUUUCUGGAACAUCCUUUCGGACCCAUCGCCAGAGAGACUGGCACGCAUGCUGCACACAGGCCAGCAGAGCACGUUCCCAAAACUACAAUUUAUUCAAAACAGAAUGAAGAUUGAGAAUCUGAUUAUGCAGGGCCUGCUUCGCCAUUCGCCCACGGGCACCCGCGACUAUUCGCCGUUGCUUUCGCGGCGCCAUGAUGAUGGCGAUACAAAACACAAGCCUGACAGUGCGCACACGCUUCUGCUGCGUGAGAGUUUGGGUCAUAAUAUCAACAACAAUAUCAAUUAUAUAUCCGAACUCCCGAUCGACAAUUUCUCAGACACCGACGACGGCGGCUUUUCGUCGUCCUCGUACCUCGACUUACCAAAUUCAUCAAGGAAGCAAAAUGGUGACGAGGAUUAUAGACGAAACAGUGUCAUGGAGGAAAUGAGACGUCAGUCUGCAGUCUUUUUUGACGAUCCAGAUGUCUAUGGCGAGGAAAGCGACGAGGGAAGUAAUUCCAGUCGGAAACAAGAGAAACUAUGA